AUGAAGCACCAACAAGUUCACAGAGUACACACACGAGUAGCGUCUUCUCCUCAUUCAUCUUCCAAAACCAGUUUAUCAUUUAAUCUGCCACAAAAGCUAAGCUUACUGGGAAAGGAAGCUGUUCAACAACAAGAAAGAGCACAGAAAAUUGCCCUUCAAGCGCUUAGAAAUGCCUCAGCCUCCGAAACUCUUCUUUGGUCUCUCAAGACUUUGUCAACGUUGACCAAGUCUGCUAACCCUGAUGACCCAACAGAUUGUUUCGAUCAGUUUCUCGAGUUCCAUAACCAAAUUGUUCAGGCCAUAACCAACAUGGUGUCAAUCAAAGCAGCAACCGAAACAACUAACAAAGUCUAAAAGUAUCAAAACACUUACUCUUAGAGUGUAGUAAGUAAUCAAACUGCUUUCAUCUCCUUCAAUGGCGGUCGCCUUCAUGAAAAGGCCAACUUCAGCUUCUGGAAUAAUCCCUGCUUCCUUUUCUCUUCUCGCAAGCUCGGUUAACA